AUGAUAAUGAAUACAAAUACUAAUAGAAUAUUCGAACAUCUAAAUAUAUUUUCUAUUGAUUAUUAUAAAAAACAACAACAUCAACAGCACUAUAAUGAGAUUGAUAUAAAUAUAACAUCAGAUCAACACGACAAAAUUUUUCAAUCAAAUAUUAAAGACGAAAAAGACGAUUCUUAUGUUGAUAAUCAUUUAAUAAUUUCAUCUAAUUCAACAGAUAAUAAUGAACAACCAUUAUUAAUUGUUCUUGAUGAAGAUGAUACAAAUAGUGAUGAUGAAAAUGAACAAUUCAAUAUAAUAACAACUAAUAUUAAUUCACAAGAUAAUUUAUCUAAUAAUCAAGAACAUGAAAUAAAUCUUUCAAAUAAAAAAACAUCUACAGGUAAACAAAUUUUAAACAAACCAAAAUCUUCACUUAAUUUAAUUUCACAUUCACUAAAUAAUUCAAAACUUUUUCGUUCUACUCGAAAAUCUCAUUUAUAUCCAUUAUUAAAUAAUCGUCAUCGUCAAAUAUCGAAUAAAUUUUUUCAAACAUUUUUAAUUGAUACUAAUUUUAUGCGACAAACGCAUUCACAACAAAAUCGAAAUCGAUUAAUAACACGACGUAAUAAAUAUUCAAAUAAAUAUUUAUCAUCUUCAAUUAUGUCAAAUAAUAAUAAUAUAAAUUCAAAAAAUCUUUUAAUUAAUGAAAAUUCUAAUAAUUUAUCAUCUAAUGAUUCAAUAUUAUCAAAUAUUUCAUUUGAUAAUAUAUCAAAUAUAUUAACUAUAUCACGUAUGGGUUCAAUAUUUUAUUGUCUAGAAGAUUUAUAUAUGAAUAUAUAUUCAUCAUUAUGUACAUUAGAUGAAUUUAUUAAUUUAUUAACAAAAUCUGAUUUUAUUAUAAUUAAACAAGUAACAUUAUCAGAAAAAAUAUCUAUUGAAAAACAAAUACCAUUAUUAAAAAAAUUUAAUGAUAAUCGUUAUCGUCUUAUAUCAAUAAAUUCAUCAGAUUAUUUACUUAAAUUAAAACAACUAUUAUUAACAUCUAAUAAUCGAAAUGAAAAUGAAAGUCAACAACGUGAAAAAUAUAUCAAUCAAAUAAUUGAUGAAAUGCGUAGCUAUAGACAAACACCAACACCUGUUCUAUUAAAGGACAAAGUUUCACAUUCACCAAUGGCUACGAAACGUCUCUCAUCGGAUGAUGAUGAUGAUGAAGACGAUGAUGACGAAGAACAUAAUGAAGAACCUCGAAAACGUUUGAAAAUUGUUACAAAAAAACCUAAAUCAAAUGAAACACCACCAUUAGCACCAACACAAUUUGGAAUAUUUAUACAAUGUAAUGGUCCAGUUAGUUGUAAUAUAUUUUCAACAAAUGAAACUGUUUCAUCAACAACAACAACAACAGCAGCAGCACCACCAGCUAGUGCCGAAACAAUGGCAGCAGCAGCAGCAACAACAGCGACAACAACAUCAACAUCAACAGUUACAACAACUGAAUCUGAAAUCAUAUCAAAAUCUACGAUUAUAAAAAAACAAAAUGAAAAUACACAUAUGUAUUUUGAUAAAAUUCAUCAACAAUAUCAAAAUAUAUCAAGAUUGAAUUUAACUAAUGAACAAUCUAUUCAAAAAUCAACAAAUUUAAAUCGAAUAAGUUCACAAAAUUUUGCAGAUGAUACUCAUCUAAAUAAAUCAUGUUCAUCAUCAUCCGUAAUGAAUAUGCCAAUAAAACGACGUAUACUUAAUUCAUAUAGUAACGAUAUUCAUGAUUCUUCAAAUACAACAAAAGUUCAUAUAUCAACAUUAUCAAAAACUAAUUCACGUUGUUUAUAUCGUUCAAAAUCAUUUACUUAUAUUAAACAAUUAAAUAAAAAUUUAUUACGUCGUUCAUCUAGUUUAUCAUUAAUAACAUGUUAUAGAAAAGAAAAUUUUUCAAUAAUGAAAAAAUAUUUAACAAUAGAUAAUAAAACAAAAUUAAAUAUUAAAUCAACAACAGAACCAAUCGAUUUAACUGAUGAAAGUUUUUCAAUGCCAAUGAUUGUUAAUGUUGAAGAAAAUGUUGCACUUGCUAAUCAACGAAAUAAAAUAAAAAAUAAAAAAUCAACAUUAACAAAUAAACAAAAUUUAUCAUCAAAUAUUCCUACUAUAUCAGAUUCAGAAUCACGUGUACCUCCUACUAUUAUAUCACGUUCUAUACCACAUAUACCUAAUCCUUCGAUAUUAACUAAACCAACACCUAUUCAUCAUCCAAUUCCAUCAUCAUCUUCUUAUCGUACAUCACCAUAUGGUGUUUAUCAUCCAGAUUCAUAUACAUAUCGUGAUCCAUCAUCAACACCUAUUUCACAUUCAUAUUAUCAUUCACCAAUAAAUUUAAAUAAUGGAAAUAUUUAUUCAUAUCCAUUUUCUUCUUCAAUACAAUAUCCAACAGUAAAAAAAUCUAAAGAAUUAUCUAUGACAAAUUCUUAUGAUAAUCAUUUAAAUUCAGUUACAUUACCAUCAUCAUCAUUAUCAACAAAUAAUAAUCAUAAUUUACCACCAUCUGUUGUUAUGCCUAUUGUUCGAAAACCAAAUUAUUAUCAUCAAUUAACACCUGAACAACAAGCAUCAAUUAAAAUGCAAACAUCACCACCAUCAUCAUCAUCAUCAGUACCAUGUCGUUUACCUUGUUGUUUUCAAUCAUCAUCAAAUUUACAAUCACAACAUUCAACAGAUAAAUUAACAUCAAAUGAAAGAUUUAUCUAUCGACAAUAUACAGUUCCAACAUCGAUACCACAAACAUUAAAACGUGAUCCAUCACAAACACCAGAUAUUCAAAAUUCAUCAAUAUCUAUGAAUAGAAAACAACGUCGUAUUGAUUCUAUACCAACAACAAUGUCAACAACACCAUAUACAUCUUAUCCAUCACCAAAAUCAUAUUUUGUUCCACCAGCACCACCACAAUCUUCCGCAUUUUCAUCAUCAUCAUCAUCACAUUGGCCAUCAACAUCUCCUUCAACAACAAAUCCUUCUAUGCGUUAUCCAUAUCCACCACCACCGCCACCACCACCAUCAACAACACCAAUGAAUGGAAUGGCAGUACGUAAAACUGAACCUUAUCUUCAACCACGUCGUCCAACACCAGUACAAUCACGAGCACCAUCAACAACACCUAUUGUUGCACAAAAUUCUUCAAUAUUAAUAAGUCCACCAAAUACACCACAUGAAUUACCAUUACCUAAUAUUCGUGCACGUAGUAUUGAUUUACAACGUGCUAUUGCUGAACGUGGUUAUUGUGAUAUGGAUAAAUUACCUAAACUUGUUGUACGACAUACAAAAAUUUAUACAAAUAAAACAAUUGAUACAAUGGGACAAUUAUUUCCAACAUGGUUUAAUGAACCUGAUUAUCGUUGUAUACAUUGUUUUCGUUGUGAUCAAGUAUUUACACCACAACAAUUUAUGACACAUGUUGAUGAUGAACAUAUGCAAAGUGAACAACCAUUAAAUAUGACAUCAAUACAAUUAUUAACAUCAGAAAAAAUGUCUGAAUAUAAAGUUGGAUUAUGGAAUCAAUUUUGUACAAAUCUUACUACCUAUGCAAGAGAUGGUCGGAUCGGUGGUUUUCAACGAACAGAAACAUAUAAAUAA